AUGAACGCGGCACCACUCCUGCAACUACUAUUUGGGAGCGGCAUCACGCCCAUUCCAACCAGCACUGCAUGCACCUGUACAUGGGCCAGCAGUGACACCGUCCCUGACGCAUGCCAUGGUGCCGACAUUGUCAACAACACCAAUCAUCACAAGCACAUUGCCACCGCUGCAGCGGGAUUGCAGUGCAGCCGCCAAAAUCUCGACCUCAUCUGCAGCAACGGCAACGACAGCAACAACAGCUGUGAUGGCAGCAGAAACAGCGGCAGCAGUAGGGCUUGUCCACCUUCCUUUCCUAACACGGUGCCGCCGUUACCUCAUGUCUGCGGCGACGGCUACAGCGACAGCGCCACGGCCGUUCAGGGGCACCCUUCUGUCGCGGACUCCCUUGAUGGCAUCACCAUCAUCUUCAUCGUCGUCUUCUUCACCCCAUCACCGUCAUCAACAACAACGACAGAAGCCGCAGCGGCGUCACCAUCGGCAAACACUGCUGCACCACCAGUAUCGCUCUCGGCGUAUGCAGCGCUUGCAGACAGGGAGCUGGGGACGGACGAGAUUCGCAUGCUCGGCUGUUCGUGA